AUGGAAAGCCCUUCCAACGAAAGUAUCCUGACCGCGAUCUCCACUGGGCUUCAUAAAGACGGGAAGCUCUACGAAAGCAUUUACAAGUCACCAGUAAGAGACUUGGGCAAGUUUUAUGAGCGAGCUACAAAGGAGGUUCAGUGGGAGGAAGCUUUUGGCUUGAAAAAGCCAAGCAACCAGAAGAAAGGGGGAGAGCACAUCAGCCAAAAUAAGAAGAGAGGUGACGAUAACGCGCGCAAGGAAGGUCAAGGGCAGAGCCCCAAUGAUCAGACUGCCAAGAAGGUAAGAUAUGAGCAGGGAGUGGAACGACCUGCACGCCAAGGUCGGUAUGACAAUUACAGUGUCUUCUCUGAUUCCCAGGACAUGAUUUUCACCACGGAGCGUAACAAGGACGACUUUAGAAGGCCUAACCCUCUAAAGACUCCCGACAAAUAUAGAACCAAGAGCAAAUUCUGUGCCUAUCAUAAUGAGGUGGGGCACACCACCUCCGAGUGCUGGGUGCUGAAGGAUACGAUUGAAAAACUAAUCAGGAAAGGUCGACUACGUCACUAUGUGGUGCGUCCUAGGGAUCAACAGUCAAAACAGCCAGCCCAACUAAGUCCUCACCGAGCUCCCGAGCCGGACCAAACACCCACGGUGAGAACCAUCUUUACUAUUCAUGGAGGGCCUCAUAUCACAAGGACUUCUGACAGAUCGCACAAACGAUACGUUCGGGAAGCCGACCACCUUCUGCUCAUCGGGGAUGGUAGUCAAGGAGAACCUUCAAAGAAAGCCCGAAUGGCUUCAGAUGACAUCUUUUUCACCAAGAAUGAUUCCAAAGAUUUGCACUGGCCGCACAACGAUGCCCUUGUGAUCCGAGCUCGGAUUGGCAAUAUGGAGGUGCGGAGGAUCAUGGUGGACACAGGUAGCUUGGUAAACGUCAUGUACAGAGGGUGUUAUGACCAGAUGGGGCUACGGCCAGAUCAGCUGAUAGCAUCUCCAGAGCCACUAUAUGGAUUCACUAGCGACGCAGUAAUCCCGAAAGGACGUAUAAAGCUCCUACUAACAGUUAGAGGAGCGGAUCUCCAAACCACGGCAAUGGCAGAUUUCCUUAUCAUUGAUAGUCCCUUAGCAUACAACGUCGUCAUGGAGAGACCUGUCAUGAAUGACCUGGACCUAGUUAUCUCAACCAAGGCCUUGACCGUCAAGUUCCCAACCCUGAAUGGGACUGGACAUGACUCAGUGGAAAAAAAUGUGAAUAUGGUCUCUGGAGGGGAGGCCCGCAUCAUUAAUAGCCGGGGAGUCAGCCACGACCUGGACUUGCUCGACAUGGAUUGCGAUCGAGCUGCCAGCCCGGCAAAUGAGCUGGAAGAUGUUGCAGUCAGUAACCACGAUGCUGAAAGGCGCCUUCAGAUAGGCAAAGGUCUAUCCCCCUAG